AUGCUGGAGAAUGACAUCACAGAUGUGCUGGACCUGACGUUUGCGGAGGAGACAGACUUCUUCGGGCAGAAAAACCUGGUGACCAACGAGAACAAGAAGGAGUAUGUGAACCUGGUGGCGAGGCACAGGAUGACCACCGCCAUUCGGGAACAGAUCACUGCUUUCCUGACUGGCUUCUGGGACAUCGUCCCGAAGGAGCUCAUUAGCAUGUUCAACGACCACGAGCUGGAGCUGCUCAUCUCGGGGCUGCCCGAGAUCGAUGUGGCCGACCUGCGCAAAAACACCGAGUAUACGGGCUACACGGCUGCCAGCGCGGUGGUGCGCUGGUUCUGGGACGUUGUGGACGGCAUGGACAAGGAGGACCUGGCGCUGCUGGUCCAGUUUGUCACGGGCACCAGCAAGGUCCCCCUGGACGGCUUUGCCGCGCUGCAGGGCGUCCACGGACCCCAGAAGUUCCAGAUCCACAAGGCCUACGGGGACGUGGAGCGGCUGCCCACAGCGCACACCUGCUUCAACCAGCUGGACAUCCUGGAGUACGCGACCAAGGAGCAGCUGAGGGAGCGGCUGAUGAUGGCGCUGCACGAGGGCUCAGAGGGUUUUGGUUUCGCUUGA